CCUCCAGCUCAGCUGAUGGACACUCAGAAGGAAGCUCUGAGCAGGAUCAUUGGCACGUUGACCAAUAAGAAUGAAGAGCUCCAAAACUUCUUGGAAACACUUGACAACAUACGGACAGGCCUGCAGGAAGAGUCAUGUAAGGUGAUGUCAGAGCUGGAGGCGGAGUUGGAAAAGUUAAGCUCUGCCCUGGAAGAGAGAGGGGCGUGGCUUCGCAGUGUCAUUGAAGAGGAGAAGCAGAGGAAAGAUGCAGAGCUUCAGAAGCAGCUGUCGGCGGGAACAUUCGCUCUGCGGUCAUGUGAAGAAUUGCUCGAAUUUGCAAAUCAAACACUGACCAUCACCAGCGAAGAAGAAUUCCUCAAGGCUGCAAAACAAAUCAAAGAAAGGGUAACCAUGGCUCCAGCGUUCCGGCUGACAACUCGUCCAGCGGUAUCGGAGAACAUGUCACAGUUUACUGUGGACUUCAGCACAGAGAGGGCUGGACUUCAACGACUUCACUUCCUGCCUGUACCCAGAGCUCCAGAGAUCGAUGUCUCCAGCUGUGUCGUCCGUGACAACGCCAUCACGGUUGCCUGGCGACCAGCUGGUGAGGCCGAUGGCGAUGGUGACUGCGUCAGUGGACGAAUUGAAUGCUAUGAAGUGGAAUACCAAAAAACAAACCGUGACAGCUCAUUGAGAGCCGCAGGAGAAGCAUGCUGGGAAAAAGUCCAUGACAUCAGAGAAACGCAUGUCACUAUUGCAGGUCUGAAGUUUGACUCGCGGUUCAUUGUUGUUCGAGUUCGAGCGAGAAACAAAGCAGCUGCUGGCGAGUUUUCUGAGCCGGUUGCCAUGGAAACCAGAGGUGGUCUGAAGUUUGACUCGCGGUUCAUUGUUGUUCGAGUUCGAGCGAGAAACAAAGCAGCUGCUGGCGAGUUUUCUGAGCCGGUUGCCAUGGAAACCAGAGUCUCCGUCCUCUGCAACACGCUCAGCAGCAGAAGUGCCACGCCUUCGCCCAGUAAGAUGGCUGGAGGUCGAGGAGGACGUGAACGUUUUGCUGGAGAGUCAUACACAGUGUUGGGUGACCAGGAGAUGACCGGUGGCUGUCACUACUGGGAGCUCUGCCCCGUCACAGAUUGGAAAUCGUUCAGUGUGGGUGUGGCCUACCGGGGCAGCCUUGGCCGUUUUGACCAAUUAGGGAAAAGUGCUGGAUCAUGGUGUCUCCAUGCCAGUCAAUGGCUGCAGAGCUCGCUUGCUGCGAAGCACAACAACCGAGCAAAGGCUCUUGAUUGGCCGCUGCCUCAGAGAAUUGGAAUUUACUGUAAUUAUGACAACGGUGAUUUGUCCUUCGUUGAUGUGGGUCGUCUUUGUCUCCUUCACUCCUUCAAAACAAAGUUCAGCCAGCCGCUUGUUCCUGCUUUUACCGUUUGGUGCGGUGGAAUUGUUAUAACAACUGGCCUACAGGUGCCGAGCUUCAUGGGUAAUUUCCUGUCCACCAGUCGGAGCCUCAGUAACCUGACGCAGUAGCUCCACCACUUCUAAUCAUCUGUUUUCAUUUUGUUGUUAUGUGUUAUAAUUUCUUUUUUUGUAUGUAUUUUAUUCAUUAAUUUAAUAAUUAAUACAUUUUAAACAGAAAUUCAUUAUGAAUUGAAAAUAUAAAAUAAAUGUUAUCAUAUUUAAUUAAAUGUACUGCAUUGAUUAUAGUUUAAGUUUGAGUGCUUUUAAUUUGAAGAUGUACUGAAGUUGUCUGUGAGCCAGUUUUUAUUUUGACAGAUUUUGUGUAACAGGAAAAGAAAGUAGGGUUUGCAGACGUCGAUUGUUGUGUGCAACAGUGUUUAUAAAUAUUUUGUAAAGGUGACACAGAAAAGCAUUAAAACAUUGGACAGUAGCGAAAAGGCAAUGUGAUAUCAUUAGUACUUGUCAGAAGACCCUGUGUUACCAUGAUGAUACUUGAGUGCCACAGAACAGGUGUUAGGGCUGAUAGAUAAAACAAUUUGAUUUUGAUGGACAUCCAAUUCAUACCCAGUUCAAAAAAUUUUUGUGACCUGAAACUUGAGCUUUUAUUUUACAAUAUUUUGUUUUUACUGAUGUAUGGAUUUGUGUGUGUACGUUUCAUAUCUGAUGUGAGAGUGGAUUUGAUUUAAUGUUUGAUAUCUGAGAUGAAGUGAUUAAUCAGUUUCAUUUAUAAGGGUUAGAGAGGGUUAGGGAAGGGGAAUGGAACCUGUCCCCUGUAAGGGACUGGAGGUGCACGGGCCUCCCCCAGGAGUCUCUGCCAGCCUGGAACCCCCAGUUGUUUUGACAGGGGUGCUGGCCAUGUUAGGGAAGGGGAACUAAACCCAUCCCCCGUGGGGGACAGGAGGUGCAAGGGCCUUCCCCCAGGACCGUUCGACACCCCGGGACCCCCAGUUAUCUUGACGGGGGAGCUGGCCACGUCUGCCAUAACGGACAGUGGUCCAGCCCCCUCCGUCAUCCCUAGAACCCAUUGGGUUUCUUUUAUGAGUGUUAUUUAUGUGUGUUUAGCUUUGUUAUACUAAUGAAAUAUAUAAAUGUAUAAGAUUAAGUAUGAAAUGUAUAUAAUGUUUAUAAAAUAAAAUGUAUAUGUAAAAUGCAAUAAAAUUGUGAAAUUAAAGUGUCCCUAAUUCGGGUUUAAUAAAAUUGUCCCAAAAACGGGCUUUAUCAAAAAAAAAGUGUCCCUAAAAAAGGGUUAUUGAAAUAAAAUAAAAUAUCCCAAGAAUGGGCUAUUUAAUAAACAAAAAGUGUGUCCAAAUGCUGCGACGUUUCGGUCCUAUGUGGACCUUCUUCAGGCAGGACACACUGCAAAGAAAAACUCCCUAAUCUGGGCUCUCUAAGGAAAUGUUUACCCUUCGAAGGUCUGAGUUAAAAUGAACUCUCUGGCAGCCUGUCUCUCCCUUUUAUAGUCUCCGCCCCCUGUGUCUAAAACCAUGAAUUCUAUUUAUCGCCUAAAGCUGUUUGUUGUUUUUAAUCUUAUAUGCACCCCAUGAAAUAAAACCCUUUUAUUUUAA